GUUCUCUGCAUUGUGUUAGAGGAAGGCGUCGGGGAUGAGAAUUAAUCCCACGCGGGGAAGGCGGCCGGGACUACGAGGGAAAGGGAGAGGGACAGCGUACACUCAUGCUUUUCAUUACCCGCGGGAAGAUGGAUGGUUUUCACGGACGGUUGUCUAGGCGCCCGGGCUCGCUAUAGGGAGACGUCAGAGCUCUCGGGUCCGCGGUGGAGGAGCCCCCGACCCCCCCGACCGGGCUCCCAUAUAAAGUCGGGGCUUGGCGAAGGCGGCAGCAGCGGCGCGGACGACGGCGGAGCUCCCCGAGGUCCACGUCCUGCUGUCGCUCCGCGGUUUGGAAAGCGCACCCGGGAGCUGCCCGUCGGGACCAUGCGCUGCCGCGAGCUGCCGCUCGUCCUGCUGGCGCUGGUCCUCUGCCGCGCCCCGGCACCCGAGCCAGCGCGCAGCUCUCCAAGCACCCAACGCCACGCGAAGAUCCUCUCCCUCCACACCUACCCAACACCCCCUUUCCCGGCACCGUCUCUCCUGAACACCUUUAGGAAGCCGGGCCCCCGAGAGCGCCUCGGACCUCUGGUCCAGCCCGGCGUGAGCCCAGGCUGCGCCAGUUGCGCCUCGCAAAGCCUCAGGCAUGGGUUUGGAGGUUCGCUCAUCCUGGCCCCAGGGCUCCCAGCGACGUGUAACUGGGAGGCAGGGCACCUAAUGGGGAAAAAGAGCACAGGAGAGUCCCCAUAUGUUUACAAGGGAGAGAGCCCGAAGUACCAGCUGCAGCAGCACAUCCUGUGGGAAGAAGCUGUGAGGACUCUGCUAGGCCUCAUGGAAGGAAAGGGGACCGGAAGCCACCAGUCACCUCCACAGGCGCCCCUGGGUAUUCUCCAGUCUACUCCGGAUUCCGAUUCCGAGGAUAGCAGCAACUUUUCAGAUGUAGGUUCAAGACUCAAAGGUUCUCAAUGUGAAGGAAGGAACCCCCAGCUGAACCGACAAUGACGGCCUCUCUCAAAGAAGCAAAACAGAACCCUUGAGAAUGCAUUCCACAGGCAUCAAUUCUACUGGCUCAUCCACCAGAUUUCCUUUGUGCAAAAUACUUAACUAUUCUUGUAUCUUUCAACCUUGACUAAAUCCGUGGUUUUCAAGCAGCAUCUUCUGGUUUGAAAUUGUCUUCUGUGAAAUUAUUGUCCAUAAAGAGUCUUCCAAGUAAUGCUCUUGGAAUUUAGCCUCUGUGUCAAUUACCUUCCAGUCUCUGACCUGUUACCAUUCACAAUAAAAGCUUAAACACACCGUCCAAAGGGCAGGUAGUUUUAUUUCAAUUCCU